AUGGCGCCCACCAUCGCCCACGCUCUCCGGAGCAUCAUUGCCAGUGGGCCGACUGCUGGCAGUCUCGGCGGAGAAGACGGUCCCCUGGCCGAGGCCAGCAGGCUCCUGCUCGCGCGGUCGGCUAAGGAGUCGACGGACCCUUCACACGGCGUGCUCGACCCGCACGAUAUCAGCAACGUGGGCUUCUUCGUGCUCUUCGCACUCAUCGGCGUGGGCUUUGUUGCGACGGGCAUCUGGUUUUUCUUCUGGGCCAAGAACGGUGGAUUCCACUUCAAGCAGACGGAUUGGGACGACUACAAAUCGACAGUGCUGCGGCGCAAGGGCCCCAACGGAACGCUGCUCUCGGGGGCAACGCCAUCGACGAACCUGGGCGGCGGCAGCGUGUACAAGGACGUGGCCGACGACGACGGCACCACGGUGGUGACGGAGACGACGUACCUGAGCGGCAUCACGGCGGGGGCGAGCGACAUUGUAGCACGUCAGAAGCGCGAGGAGAAGCGCAAGGACAAGCACAGACGCAAGCAGCAGCGCGAGUCCAAGGAGAAGGAGAAGGAGAAGAAGAAGGCGAAGCAGCAGAAGGGGCGGCACGUGGGGGACAACGGGGUGACGGACGAGAUGGCAGAGAAGGAGGCACGCGACCACCUGCGCAGCUACCGGCACGAGCGGCCGGCGCGGGUAGGCGGGCUCAACAAGGAGUCGGAAGGCUCGACGUGGGACGGGUCGACAAACCCAACCGAGUCGACGGCAUCGACGGAGCUGCUGUCGAACCGGCAGACGACGCCGACCACGACGCCGACCAAGAAGACGGCGCCGAUCCGCAAGGUGUACUCGACGGCGGACCGCAACACGGCGCGCGAGGCGGAGCGGAUUCGCAGCGAGGCCCGGCGCCUGCGCGAGGAGAGCCGCAACCGCACGACGGCACGCCGCGACUUUAGCUACAAUCGCGAGAGCGCCGCGAGCGAAAGCCUGCUCGAGUCGGCGGCAGCGGGAAGCAGCGACCUAGGCACCAAGAGUUACCACCACCCGAUGCCAGAGCUGCGCGAGCGGGAGCGAGAGCGGAGCGGCAGGGACAGAGAGAGGGAGAGGGAGGAGCGCCGGGCGAGACGGGGCGGAUAUCGGCGCGGCCGAGGCGAUGAUGACUUGUAG